AUGGGAAAUGUAAUCUGUCCAGUGUGUAUGGUACAAAUGUUUUGUUUUUCCGGUUAUAGAAGUAUUGGGCACACGAGCAUUGAAUAUAAUUCAUCUCUUAAACCAAGGCGUCCAGGUGAUAGUAGCGACAGCGAUUUCCGGGAUUCAAGUAGCGAUGUCAGCAGCGAUAGUGAUUCUGAACGGGUUUCUGCUAGUCUGGACCAUAUCUCAUUGAGAGAUCAACAUCAGGAAGAUUCAUCCAGUGACGACGGCGAACCUAUAAGCUCUCAGGGUAGUUUGAUAUUUGAGUAUCUUGAAAGAGACCUUCCAUACAUCCGCGAACCUUUGGCCGACAAGGUCUUUGACCUCGCAGCUCAAUUUCCCGAGCUGAAGACGCUGAAAAGUUGUGACUUCCUUCCGUCAAGCUGGUUUUCUGUGGCAUGGUACCCAAUUUACAGAAUACCCACAGGACCGACACUCAAGGACCUGGAUGCUUGUUUCUUGACGUAUCAUUACCUACACACACCGUCUGGAGGUGAAGGCAGUGCACAAUCAAUGAGCCUUACGCAGCCAAGGGAGUGUCAUAAGAUGUCAUUGCCUGUGUUUGGGCUCGCUUCAUACAAGUUCAGAGGUUCUUUAUGGACACCCGAUGGGGGUUUGGAGCACCAGCUCGUGAACUCUCUGUUCCAAGCUGCUGAAAAGUGGUUGCGUUCUUAUCAUGUCAGCCACCCUGACUUCCUCUUCUUCUGCCGCCGUUGA